GCCGCGGGCGGCGGAGGGGGCUGCGCGGGGCGCCCGGCCCAAUGGCGGCGCUGAAGUACGCGGGGUUGGAGGACACGGACAGCGAGGAGGAGCUGCCGCCGGGCUGGGAGGAGCGGACCACCAAAGACGGCUGGGUGUACUACGCCAAUCACCUGGAAGAAAAAACACAGUGGGAGCAUCCUAAGUCUGGGAAGAGGAAACGUGUUGCAGGAGAUCUGCCAUAUGGAUGGGAGCAGGAGACUGAUGAAAAUGGACAAGUCUAUUUUGUGGACCACAUAAACAAAAGGACUACCUAUCUUGACCCAAGACUGGCCUUUACAGUUGAAGAUAAUCCAGUGAAACCUACUGCUAGGCAAAAAUAUGAUGGAAACAGCACUGCAAUGGAAAUACUCCAGGGCCGUGACUUGAGUGGGAAAGUGGUUAUAAUCACGGGAGCAAAUUCGGGAAUAGGUUUUGAAACCGCCAAGUCUCUUGCACUGCAUGGGGCACACGUUAUCCUGGCUUGCAGAAGUAUAUCCAGAGGCAAUGAGGCUGUACAACGCAUUCUGGAGGAAUGGUGAUGGAGGUUUUUCACUUCGCAUGACUGUAUUGGAGCACAAGGCUUGGCACACUGUUCUCUGUUACGUACAGAUGCUUUGUGAGAGUGGAAAUGUUUGAAAGAGCCACUGAGGCGUGCUUUAUAGUUCAUUGGACAGAACAUUUCCUGAACCAAAGUGUUUAACUAGUCAAAGGAGAAUGUACAUACUUGGAUAUUGGAGGGAACCACUAUGUCAUCCAUAGCUUUUAUACUGUGAGAGGAACCAAAGUGUUUGACUAGUCGAAGGAGAAUGUACACACUUGGAUAUUAGGGAGAGUCUCUAUGUUGUCCAUAGCUUUUAUACUGUGAGAAAUUUCAGAGGAUCAUUAUUAACAUUUUUCAAAACCAAGAGUGUUUUUCCCUUUGUUUUUCCUAGUCCAUCAGGCCCAACAGCACCACCGUCAGGCACUGUGUAUCGAUGUCUUUUCCUUCCUCUUUCUGUCACUCUUCUUGCAUUCUGCCAUGCAAAUACAAGUUCCUCUGUGCUUUCUUUUCCCUUGUUUCUCUUUGACUCCUAAUUUCCUCUUUUUUUGUUUAAUUUUAUUUUUAAUCUUCUAAGACCCCUAUUAAAAUUUAUCCAUUGUUUGUAAUUUUUUCCUUCCACAAUCAUUUACUUGCUAGUAAGUAUUGCAGACUGCUCUUGUCUGAGCUUGCUAUGACUGCAGACUUCCAGGAGAUAAUCUGUUGACACAGUCCUAGACACUUUACUUGAAUAAUAAACCACAGGAUCAGAUUCUCAGAAUUCUUUUCCUGCUAAAUUUAGUGAUGAGUGUUUUAGCUUUAUUUCCCAAGCUCCAAAAACAUUUCAACUGCUCCCAGAUGAUGUGGGAGAGUGCUCAGUACUAUUAAUAUUUACACAUAAGCAAUCUGCAAAUAAUUAUAAUAUUAGUGCAAACCAAACAGUGCUUAUUUACAAGUAUUUCCAAAUAAGUGAUGCUUGUAAUGGUAUUCAUUUUUGUAGCCACAAGUUUCUUCAAGAAACAGCCUUUGCAUGUAGGCCUUUUUCUCUUGCCUGUGUGAUUAAUGUUUUAUAGUAAAGGAUUUGAAGGGGAAAAUACCCAGUUAAAUAUAUGUUUUUUCAUGGAACUAAAAAAAUGUAGUACUGAACACCUUUUAAUUUUUAAACUAUUUCAUUACCCUCCCCCCCCUCUUAAUUCUAAGAGUCCUAAUUCUAAUUCUCUGAGCACUUUGAAGGCACUGGGAGUUCAGGAGCACUUGCCUUAAUACCUAUAUUAUCUCACCAAAAGCUAAUGAAUUGUUAAUUGAAUGAAGAUCAUUGAAGGUCAGAUGACUUCACAAACACUAUAUUUAUUUACUUACAGUUUUUAAACUGUAAUUGUUCAGAAAGAAUCUCAGCUGUAAACUGGGUAGCUGGAAAACCUUCAAUGCAUCUUUGUAAUGGCUUUGUUGUUGUUUAUUGAGAGGGACUAAUUAACUUUGAUUAUUGCACUAAUAUUAUGGCACUUUGACAGUCCCUCAGAUUUAUGGCUCUGGGAAAAUAAACAAAUGAAAUGCAGGUGCUGGAGCAGAAAGAAUAAGUUAUUACUGAACUUUAAUUACUUGGAGUGUGUAACCAGGAGAGAAUUAGUUGAUGAAUUACAAGAUGCUUAAAAUUUACAUCAAGUUGUAAGCAAUCUUGAGGAAAAUAAACACAAAACCCUGCCCCAAAGUCAGUUACUGAAAAUGAAAGGACAAAGAUUAAUUUGAUUGAUUGAUAAUAGUACUAAAAUAUUGAUGUAAAAUAUCAAUUUUUAGCUUAUAGGUGUAACAGUGGAACAGGAUAAUGUUAAUUGAAAAUGGUUUCCUAAAAUGAAAGAGUUUAAGACAAAUGCCAGCAAGCUCUGGUUCAGAGGGAUUCUUGGUACAUAGCUGCAACUAUCCUGCUGUAAAGAGCUUUGGAGCAUCCACAGUGUUGUGUCUGCCAUAUUCUUAGGAAAAGCAAGAUUAUUUGAAGGAAAUUGGUUUACUUUUCAGUUUGGAACAUGUUUAAGCAAAAAUGCAGCUUUACAAAGCCUCAGGUUCAUGAUCCUCAGGUAGCAUUUUCGGCAACAUUUUGGCUACUUGCUUGUCUUAUAUUUUCUUGUGAAUUUCUGAGAUGAAGUGACUUAACUUUAACUCAAUCUCCAACCUCCUUUUUUUUCUUAUUUGUGUGAACUAUUUAAGUAAAACUAGAGAGAAAAGAAACAUUUUUUCAUGUUACUUGCCAUUAUGUUUAAAAAAUGCAGCUGAUCUUAAUUGGCUGUUGGAAACAAAUCUAGGAAUCCUCGUUUUCAGCUAUUUAUGUCUGAAGAGCUGUUUCUUAGAGUUUGAGCCAUUUGAGUAGAGAUUACCCAUACAUACUUGCUAAUUACUUUAGAUAACUGACAUUUAUUUGCAGUGUUCCAGUUACUUUCUUCCUAAACUCCAUCAGUGUUUCUCUAAUACUGCAAAUAGAGUGUAAUUGCCUUACAUAAAACGUUGUGACAAGUUUUAAUGCGACAGGUCGAGCUAGUCUGUCACAUAUAACUGUUAGAGAGGUGUAGUUCAUUGUAUUAUUGCACUCAUGCUUUAUAUGCCUAGAGAGAGAAAAAGGAAGAGAAAGCAUGUAAAAGAAGCAGAUAAAGAGAGAGAUCAGUAUAGCUUUUACAUUUGAUAUCUCAAAAAUGAAUGUUGUUCAUGCAUGAUGACGUUCAAUAUCAAUUUAAAGCCGUUUGAUAAUUUCUUGCUCAGGAAAGAGGAAAUUAGAAUUCGAGAGUUAUGAUUCAUUUUAAUCAGAAAGAAAUUGUCAAACAUAAAUCUCUCCUUGAGUAGUGAAAAG